AUGAAUGACAAAGAUAUUGAAAAAUAUUUAACAUUACUUGAAGAUGGGUGGCUGUCGAAUGAUGAUUUGGAGGUGUCCGACCAAGAGGAGGAAAAUGAUCUUGAAAACCACAAUAGAGAACAAGUACUACAUAUUAUGUUACAAAGUAAUGAGGAGUACACAGAAAGUCCACAAAAUCCUGAAAGUGACCCUCCCAUAACAGAAAGUGAAGAAAUAAACAUCCAGGUGCAAAGCAUGAGGGUUCCUACUGGACAUAUGUUUCCAGGAUUGCUAGACAAACGAAAAUUGAUCUGGAAAAAACCAAAUAUGAAGUUUGAUAAAUCCAAAAUUACUUUUCAAGGUGAUUUUAGAAAAUCUAUUGCAAUGGCUGCACGCAGAGCCCUUGAUUAUAGCCAAAUUGAAAAAAUAUUGGAGAACAGUGAUGAUGAGAUUCCUUCAGAGAGAGGGAGUGACAGUGAAGUGGAGGAUGACUUGAAUAAAGACGACGUGCAGAGUGACACCGAAAACAAAUUGAUUGACGAAGUUGCUGCUGAAAUAAUAGAAUAA